AUGUCCCGCCGCGCACUCUCCCUCCUCCCCAACUCCGUGCCAACCUCUCGUCGUAUCCCUUCAACCCAACUUCCCAUUGUAUUUACGAGAUUCUCUUCAUCAACACCCUCCAUCACAAUCACAAAUCGCGGCCGCCGCACUCUCCCAGCCCUCUUCGCCCGCGGCGGUACCUCCAACGGCCUCAUCUUCCACGCCGCCGACCUCCCCCGCGACCGCGCCCUCUGGCGCGACAUCCUCGCCCCCGCCAUGGGCUCGCCCGACCCCAAACAUGCCCGCCAGCUUGACGGCAUGGGCUCGGGCGUCUCAUCGACCUCCAAAGUCUGCAUCCUGGAGAGAUCAGAGAGGGAGGAUGCCGACGUGGAUUUCACCUUCGUGCAGGUGGGUAUUACAGACGGGGAGUUGGACUGGGCGGGAAAUUGCGGGAAUAUGAGCAGCGUUGUUGGGCCUGCGGCGCUGGAGAUGGGGUUUGUGCCUGCGGAAAGGGUACAGGUUGAGAGGGAUGAAAGGACAGGGGAGAGAGUUGCGAGGGUGAGGAUUUGGAACACGAAUACUCGGAAGGUGGUUGUGGCCAGGUUUACGGUCGAUGAGGGGAUGCCGCCGCGGUUUGUGCCCGAGGGGGAUUAUGCCAUGGCCGGUGUGCCGGGGACGGGGUCAAAGGUGGUAUUAAGCUUUUUGAAACCUGGGGGGGCGAAGACGGGGAGGGUGUUGCCGACUGGGAAUGCUAUCGACAGAAUUCGGUUGAGUAAUGGGAGAGAGGUUGAGGCGUCGCUUGUCGAUGUGUCGAAUCCUGGGGUUUUCGUUAGGGCUGGGCUGGAUCUGCUGCCGUUUGAGAAGCUUACCGCUGCUGAGGUCGAGCAGAACGAGGCGACGAUGAACUUACUCGAGGAAAUUCGCCGCGAGGGGGCAAGAAUGAUGGGCCUCGACCCCGACACACCAAGCAUCCCCAAGCUAGUCUUUGUCGACAGCCCCAUCCCUUCACAAGGGGAAUAUCAUCAUCACCUCCGUUGCCGCGCGCUCUCCAUGCGCCAGCUGCACAAAGCAGUACCUCUCACGCUCGGCCUGUGUCUAGGUGCGGCGGCGCGCAUACCGGGUACGAUUCCUUUCCUCGCCGCGCAGGGCGUCGAGAAUAGCUCCGGGCCGGGUAGUGCAACAGUCAGGAUUGCCCAUGCGAGCGGACUCUUGGAGGUCGGAACCACAAUCGACGAGAACGGGGAGCUGCUCUCGGCAGACUUGAUCCGCACGUGUAGGAUACUGAUGAAAGGGGAGGUGUACUACUGA